GGUUUUGUGACUCAAUACAAUUUAGUUCGAAACUGUAAUAGUAUUGACUAUCAAAUUUCUUCCAAUGUUUUGCUCCAAGAUAUAUAUGAGAUAUUUUUAAUGAAAUUACCUACAAUUGCACAUGUCUAUUAAGGAUUUAUAUUUAGCAUUUACAAUACCAUGUUUCUGGAUAAAUAUUGCAUGCAGUAAAAAAUGAAUAUUAUUCAUUUUUUAAAUGUUAACUUGUGUACGACUAUGACUGCAAAAUAAAUAUGCAGUCAUAGUCAUACAAAAUCAGCAUUAAUAUGCACUUUAAAAUCUUUACUAUUAUUAUGCAUACCUCAUUUCAUUUUGCGUGCUUAUUAUUUAGCUGGACAAAAGUGGAUUUCAGCAAAUUAAUGGUAUUUUCUAGACUUAUUCCGUGUCAGCUAUAUUUUUUCCUUUGUGUGAUUUCAUAUCAUGUUCAGCUGUUAUUAUAUUAUCAAACUACUCGUAUUUUCCUAAUAUUGUAAACCUUAAAUUUGAACUGAGGUCAAAAAAUGUUACAUCACCAUAUCGCCCGGUGUUUUACAACCUACUCAACAUCACGUCAAAUUCAGAUUAAGUCCACUUUGCUGGCAGUGACAUAUCUUAUCCUGGUCGCCACUGUCUGGGUGGCAUACUUAACGAGUCUCGAUCUCAACAUUAAGAAUGUCUACCAACGUUCUUGCCCCGUGCAGGGAGCCGUGACAAUAAAAGUCAAAGGUCAACUGAGCACUCUAGACUUGGACGACUCAGAGUUUUCCGUGGCUGAUUCGUCCCUUUACAAACGUACCUUUGAUGCAGCAGACCUAAUUUACCCCCCAUUUGGGGAAGAUGACGGUACAUUUGUAGCAGUAACUAACUUAUUGAUCACACCAAAUCAGACGAGGGGGCGAUGCCCACAAACAACAGACUCUGCCAAGGCCAAAUGCACCCUUGACAAGGAUUGUGUUAAAGGGAAAACUGGACCAUCGUAUGAUGGCGUAUUAACAGGAAAAUGUUUUAAAGACAGUGGCCAAUGCGAAAUGUCUUCUUGGUGUCCAGUGGAAUCGUCCAGCCUUCCACUGAAAGGAAAUCGAGCCUUGCUGAAAGACGUCGCUAAUUUUACCGUCUUAAUAAAAAAUUCGGUCGAAUUUCCCGAAUGUGGAAAAGACCUACAUUAUCGCAAUAUAAAGAAUAAAUCCUCCUCCGAUUACUUGGAAAAAUGUUUGCAUUCUGUGGGAGAAGACGACCAUUGUCCAAUAUUGCGUCUAGGUGAUGUUGUGACAUGGAGUGGAGAAGACUUUUCAAAAGUUGCAACGUUGGGUGCCUUAUUUAAAAUAGAAUUAAAAUGGGAAUGUGAUUUUGACGGGCUCACAAGUAACGUGUGUUUCCCGAAGUAUAUCUUUGAGCGGAUGGAUGAAGCAAAUAGCAGUAUCGCUCCUGGAUUUAAUUUUAGGACAUCAUUUUACCACGAAGAAAACCGUCGCACUCUUGUCAAAAUGUAUGGGAUAAAAUUCCUCAUUGUAGUCUCUGGUCAGGGGAAAAAGUUUGAUUUUCUUCAACUUGUACUCGCAUUUGGAGCUAAUAUUGCUCUAUUUGAUUUGGCUCCCUUAGUUUGCGACACGCUAUUUCAUUUUCUGUGCUACCUGAAGAGAUUCACUCCUUUCAAGAAACAUUUUGGAGAUUUUUCAUCAAAAGCUCGGUAUGCAGAUAGGAGUUUAGCUGAAGACGAGCCUGAGCAAGGAUAAGGAAAUGUUGAAUCUUCACAAAAUUGGUGGAAUCUACAAAUUGCAACACUGAUAGAAGAAACU